AUGGCCCAAUACAUCAAGGACAUAGUUGUCGCCAAUCCUUACUCUGAGACAAAUCGCUACUGGGAACCUGCCGACACCAACACUUAUUGGCUUUCAACUGACCACAUUAAAUCCACAACUUUCUUGCCUCAGGAGCACCCGGUACGAAAAACUCUGGCUGCAGCGUCGGACAGAGCGUAUCUCCAGAUCAAACAGCCCAAGUUCGCGGAGGAGACUCAAGACUAUCCGUCAUUUGGAGCCGAUCUUCAAGAGUUGAAGUUGACACUCAACGGGUUGAGGUACACUACAGCUGUUACUUUCGAGGUUCCUCUCACUGAGAAGGAUCUAGAGCUGAGAUAA